UCUUUUACUUUUCUGUUUUGAAUCCCUUUCUUUCAUAUAUAUUUGCAUUUCUUCUCUCCUUUUUUUUUUUAUAUCGAUAUCAUAAGAAUAGAAUGCAGCGAUACUUACCUUGUAAACAACGAGAACCGGCAGUCAUGGAAAGUCCCAAACUUAUACGCAGCAUCACGAUUGACAGAUGCAGCAAUUUCAUUAGUGGAGGCGCCAAUGGAAACGAUAUCAAUCUUCUUUCACAACUUUAUAAGGCACGUACAAACUCAGAGGAUCAUAUCUCAUUAAUGGUGUACAGUGUACCGGAUUUGAAACGAAUUACAUUUGAAGAAGCUGUGCAACAAGAAUUUCGACCGACUCAUUUAGGUGAAUGGUUUGGUCCAUCUUGGUCUACACAUUGGUUUCAUGUCCAAAUACGUAUUCCUUUGGAAUUUGCUGGUGAAGAAGUACAUUUUAUUUGGAACGCUGAUAAUGAAGCUUUAAUUUGGAGUAUGGAUGGAAUGCCUUUACAAGGAUUAACAGGUGGAGCUGGAAGCGAUGCAAGACAUGAUUAUAUAUUGACUACUCAAGCACAAGGGGAUGAUUUUAUACAAUUUUAUGUGGAAAUGGCUUGCAACGGAAUGUUUGGCGCCGGAAAUGGAUUGAUUGGUCCCCCUGAUCCGAAUCGUUUCUUCAAUCUGAGUGAAUUAGAUUUAGCAGUACCAAACAAACCAGCAUGGCAACUCUUAUAUGAUUUCCAAAUCAUUCUGGGGAUGGCAAAGGAUUUGGGACCAGAUUCACUACGAUCUUCUCAAGCAAUGUAUACUGCUAAUCGUAUCGUCAACACUUUCGUACCUGGAGAUGAUUCUACUAUCAUGACAUGCCUUGUCAUUGCAGCGGAGUUCCUGGCAUCCAAGAAUGGUGAUGCACAACAUGAAAUUUAUGCUCUUGGACACUGUCAUAUUGAUACGGGAUGGUUAUGGCCAUUUGAAGAAACAAUUCGAAAAGCAGCAAGAAGUUGGUCUACACAAAUCGAUUUGAUGGAUCGUUAUCCUGAAUAUAAAUUUAUAUGUUCUCAAGCACAACAAUAUGAAUGGGUUAAAACGAAUUAUGCACAUCUUUGGGGACGAAUACGAGAAAAGAUUGCGAUUGGUCAAUUUUUGCCAACUGGUGGAACUUGGAUAGAAAUGGAUACAAAUAUGCCUAGUGGUGAGGCUUUAUGUCGACAAUUCCUACUUGGGCAACGCUUUUUUGAAGAGAAUUUUGGUAAACGAUGUAAAGUGUUUUGGUUACCUGAUUCCUUUGGCUAUUCUUCUCAGUUACCUCAACUCUUACAAUUAGCAGAUAUGAAGUAUUUCUUUACACAGAAACUUUCUUGGAAUAAUGUCAACAAGUUUCCAAUGACGACAUUUUGGUGGAUCGGCCUAGAUGGAACCAAAACUUUGACUCAUAUGGCCCCUUCUGAAACUUACAAUGCACAAUGUUCUCCGGAGGAACUUAUACGAAGUGUGAAGAAUCAUCGAGACAAGGAAUAUUCCAACUCAAGUUUGCUAGUCUAUGGAAACGGUGAUGGUGGUGGUGGACCUUUGGCAAGUAUGAUUGAACGUUUAAGAAGAAUGAAAGAUGUGGAUGGAUUACCAAAAGUAGAAUUCAGUACGCCAAUCGAUUUCUACGAAAACGUUGAACGAACAACAGAUGCACUUUGCAGUUGGAAAGGGGAAUUGUAUUUUGAAUUACAUCGGGGAAUUUAUACAACACAUGCAUUAUGCAAGAAAUUCAAUAGAAGUAGUGAACUACUAUUACGUGAUUUGGAAAUGCUGGCUUCAUUUGCCCAUAUCAUGAAAGAUCAAAAUUACAAGUACCCGGUGGCUGAAUUCGAACAGUUUUGGAAGAUGAUUUGCUUGAUACAAUUCCAUGAUGUCAUGGCUGGUUCUUCCAUUGAAAUGGUAUAUGAUGAUUGUUUACAGAUGUAUACGAAAAUCGACUUGCAUGGGAAACAAAUGCGUGAUGACUUGGUCGACAAAUUACUAGGGUGGGAAAAUCCUAUCAUGAGCGAAGAGAAAGCUAUUGGUGUAUUCAACACAUUGGCAUGGCCACGACAAGAAAUUUUGGAGAUACCACUUGUGGAAGGCUUACCAUCUUUGGCACAGAAUUCAGCAUUUGGUCGAACUGGUUAUGUUUUAGUGGAUGAUAUUCCUCCUUUAGGUGCGAAAGGAUAUGAUUUGAAGACUUGUUUGGAUUUUGAACCAGUAAAAAUACAUAUGGAUCAGAGCAACAAUAUCUUGGUGGAAAACAAAUAUAUUCAAGUUACCUUUGACAAAUCUGGUCACCUUAUUGGAUUAUAUGAUAAAUCUUUAAUGCGCGAAUUUAUCAAGCAAGGCGAACGAGGAAACGUAUUCAAGAUGUAUGAAGAUAUUCCAUUAUUCUGGGAUGCAUGGGAUGUCGAGAUAUAUCAUUUGGAAAAAGGUGUUGUUGCGGAAGAAGGUUCAGUGCAAAUAUUGGAACAUGGGCCAUUAAGGGCAGCUUUACUGAUUGAAAAACGGAUAUCUGAUACUAGCCGACUUCGACAAUGUGUUAUCCUAACUGCCAUUUCGCGACGUAUUGAUUUUGAAACUGAAGUGGAUUGGAAUGAAAAUAGACAAUUUUUGAAAGUGGAAUUUGCUUGGGAUAUUUUGGCAGACAACGUAUUCUACGAGACUCAAUAUGGUAUAGUGCAACGCCCCACACAUUACAACACUUCCUGGGAUGGUGCCAAGUUUGAAGUUGUUGCUCAUAAAUUUGCGGACAUGUCUGAAUAUGGUUGUGGUGUUGCCUUACUGAAUGAUUGCAAGUAUGGUUACUCUGCUUACGGCAAUGUUUUACGACUUUCAUUAAUUCGAUCACCCAAAGCACCUGAUUCCAAUUGUGAUAUUGGUCAUCAUGUUCUCAGGUAUGCCAUCUAUCCACAUGAAAAUCAUUUUAUGCAAUCAGAUGUUGUGAGAGAAGGAUUCAAUUUCAAUGUCCCAUUGAUCACACGUGUCAUGUCUAUCAAUCAAGUGAAUAGUCUAGCGAAAUCAGUACCUCAAUUCCGUAUUGAAGGAGCUCCAAAUGUUGUGUUGGAUACCAUCAAAAAGGCAGAAGACUCUGAUGAUUUGAUUAUACGACUUUAUGAAGCCUAUGGAGGGCAUGCGACUGCAAGAUUCCAUAGUUCAUUGCCUAUGAAAUCGAUUCAACAAUGUAAUAUCUUGGAAGAUGAAUUAGAAACUGUAUAUGAAAUGACAAGUACAGCUGAAAGGGUGGAUCGAACAUUUAGUACCAAUCUUCGUGUGCUUGAUGAUGAUAUGGUAGAUUUGCGAUUGGAAGCUCAACAAAAACAACAUGCUCAAGGUGCUUUGCUCAAAAUCAAACCAUUUCAAGUCAUGACAUUGAAAAUCAAAUUGUAGUUAUAGUCCAA